ACCCCCGCCCCUUCCUCUCCGACUGCCGAGGUCGCCAGAGUGGGCUGAACCCUCGGGACUGCAGCUGCUUGUGUGCUGGGUGCUGGGCCGUCAUCCCAAGAUGAUUAGCGGCAGGCUUUGCAUGUUGCUCGACCCCACCCACCGGAACUCGAACCCGGGUUAGACCGGGCUGUUGGGCUGGUCUCUUCCUCUCGCUGCACCUUUACUAGGGGUCACCAUUAAGGGAAAGGGCCCUAGCGCAGUACUGAGUGGCAGUUAAGUAACCGCUACACCACUGCCAACAUUUGGCAUCAUUUCUCUCCAUAGAGGGCGGGGUUCUCUGUGAAGCUGGGGAGCUGUAAGUGGGUUAGGGCUAGAAAGUUACACUUUCUCUUUAGGCUUUAAAGAGAUCUAAAGAUCUGAACAGAUCUAGGUUAUUAUUGACUUUUUACCAACUUCUGGAAACAUUGUUUCCAGAACUUUCCUCUCGUUCUUCUCAGGGUUUAGGCCAUUUUUGUGCAGAUGUGUGCACCUUGCUUACUAUAAUAUUAGCUAAUCUUUGUAAGUUUUUAUAUGGAUCCAAUACCAUAUUUCGUGCCUACUUUUCCUGGCACUGUAUAAACUUUUUGGUAUAGGUAUGCAUCUAAGCAUUAUCCAUAUUAGCAUCAGUUCUAGAACCGUGGUGUCCAAUAAUGAUAGCCAUUAGUUACAUAAGGCUUGAGCACUUGAAAUGUGGCUUGUCCGAAUUGAGAUGUGCUAUAAGUGUAAGACAGUGAAGUUUGGAAAAUUAGCAUGAAAAAGAAUGUAAACUAUCUCAAUUUGUUUAUAUUAAUCACGUGUUGAGAUGACUAUUCUGGAUAUACUGGGUUAAAUAAAAUGUAUAAUUUCAAUUUUUAUUUUUUAACAUGACUACUGGAAAAUUUUAAAUCAUAUUUGUGGUUUACAUGUUAUAUUUAUGUUGCACAGCCCUGCUCUAGAAAAGGGUCAACAAACUAUGACCUGCAGCCAAAUCUAGCCUGCCUGUUUUUGUAAACAAGUGUUACCAGAACAAGAUCAUGCCUAUCCAUUUAUGUUAUUUUCUGUAUCUGCUGUUGCUGCUACAAGAGCAACAGAGUUGAGUAGUCCAUAGAGAUUGUAUGGCCUACAAAGCCUAAAAUAUGUACCUUCUGAUCUUUAACAGAAAAAGUGUGCUGACCCCCUGCUCUAGAACAAUGCCUGGUUUGGUAGAUAUUUUUAAGCCUUUUAAUUGUAGACUCACAUCCUGUUAUUCACACUUACUGUGUGACAGCCAUAGUUCAAAGCACUUUAUCAAGACUUUCAUUUAAUUCUCAUUAAUCCUAGGAUGUUGGAUUUCUCCCAUUUUGUAGAUGAGGAAAUUGAGGCACAGAAUGGUCAGGAAACUUAUCCAACUUGCUCAGCACCCCUCAUUUCUAGGAACUGGACCUGCUUGACCUUCUUUAUGCAAAUGUUUUGACCCCCCAACCCCUUUUGAUUAGCCCACAGUGGGCACCAUGGUUCUGGUGGUGGUGGUUGUUUUGUUUUGUUUUUUUAACAAGAUAUAUUUGAACUAGAAUUUUUUGAAUUAUUUUUUUGAACUAGAAUCGAGAUGGACUUGGUCUCCUGCGGAAGAAGCCGAGGAGCACUGGGCUUAGGUGCAAUGAGUACAAGCAAGCUGGUGUGUAGUGAAAAGAAAUGAAGCUCACAAGCAGAGAAGAGAGAGAGCAUCCUGUAUGCUCAUCACUCAUUUAACAACAACAAAAAUGUGUUAAGUAAUAGUAAGCACUGGCUGGGUGUUUGCUAGGUGUGUAUAGGUGAAUAAAACAUGUGGAUCUUCUCUUAUGGUCUUGUGGGGAAGGCAGUAAAAACGUUUUUUAAAUGUGAUGAACACCCUGAAAAAAAAACAUGCAAAUUAUUUACUGUUUUUAGCAGGUUUCCUCACCUGUAAGAUGAAAAUAAGCCAUUAUCUGUAUUUCAGGAAUAUUGUGAGGAUUGAGAUGACAGGAGAGUGUAUGUCCCAGAGAGUUGCUCAAUAAAUAUAUGUUGCCUUCCACUGUGAAGAGCUGUAAAGAUGUCUGACAAGAACCAGAUAGCUGCCAGAGCCUCCCUUAUUGAGCAACUGUUGUCCAAAAGGAAUUUUGAGGAUCUUGGCAACCACCUUACUGAGCUAGAAACAAUUUAUGUGACUAAGGAACAUCUCCAGGAGACAGAUGUGGUGAGAGCUGUAUACAGAGUCCUCAAAAACUGCCCCUCUGUGGCUUUGAAAAACAAAGCCAAGUGCUUGCUAUCAAAGUGGAAAGCUGUUUAUAAAGAGACUCACUCCAAAGCGAGGAACAGCCCUAAAUUAUUUCCUGUGAGGGGUAAUGAAGAAAAUUCAGGACCUUCUCAUGACCCAAGUCAGGAUGAGACACUGGGCAUCUGCAGCUCAAAUUCUCUAUCUUCCCAAGAUGUUGCAAAACUCAGUGAAAUGAUUGUGCCUGAAAAUAAAGCCAUUCAAUUGAAACCUAAGAAAGAGCAUUUUGGGGAUGGUGGCCCUGAAUCCACUGGUAAGAGAUUGAGUGAGUUGCUGGAUCCCAUAACACCCAUGAGAACUAAAUGCAUAGAGCUUCUUUACGCAGCUUUAACUAGUUCUUCUGCAGAUCAACCCAAAGCUGAUUUGUGGCAAAACUUUGCAAGAGAAAUUGAAGAGCAUGUUUUUACCCUUUAUUCAAAGAAUAUAAAAAAAUAUAAAACUUGCAUCAGAAGCAAAGUUGCCAAUUUGAAGAACCCCAAAAAUUCUCACUUACAACAAAACUUGCUCUCUGGUACCAUGUCUCCACGAGAAUUUGCUGAAAUGACUGUCAUGGAGAUGGCAAACAAGGAACUGAAGCAGUUGAGAGCCUCCUACACAGAAUCUUGUAUCCAGGAACAUUACCUUCCCCAAGUAAUUGAUGGCACACAGACAAAUAAAAUAAAAUGCAGACGCUGUGAGAAAUACAAUUGCAAAGUCACUGUAAUUGACAGAGGAACACUUUUCCUUCCCAGCUGGGUGCGGAAUUCAAACCCAGAUGAACAAAUGAUGACUUAUGUAAUUUGUAACGAAUGUGGGGAGCAGUGGUACCACAGCAAGUGGGUGUGCUUUUAACUGUAAAUGAGUGUUCUCUUAACAAAUAACCUGAGUGAUUGAUACCUUUUAUUUGUACAACCCUUCUGUGCUUUUAAAAAUCUUGUACACACUACUCUCUAAAACAGAAGAAGGAGGAAAGAAAGUCGUUCCUGAAGCUGACACCACCAUCCCUAAAAGUUACAGUUUGGGGAGAGGGAGUGGAUGACUAUUUGUAUUGUGCCUUGUGGCCAUUUAAUACCUUACUGUAGACAGAGUGUGGGUGAGAACAGCCCAGCAUAAACUGGGAGCCUGUGGGAAAUGCAUCCCAGGCCUCACACCAUUGAAUCCGAAUCUGCAUUUUAGCAGGAUCCCCAGGUAAUCUUCCAGGAUGGGAUAGUUUGAGAAGAGCUGCUUUAGCAGUAGGUCUGUGACUCUCAGCAGUGGCUGCAUAUUAGAGUCAUCUGGGAAGCUUUGAAAACCCACUGGUGCUGAGACCCCACCCUAGAACAAUUCAGUUGGAACCUACGAGAUGGGACUCAGGCAUCAACAUUUCUUUUUUCAUUCCUCAAGUUAUUUUAAGAUGAGGUCAGAGUUGAGAACUACUCAGAAAUAGGCUCUCAUUUGAUCCUUUGUACAGCUCUAAGACAAGAGUGUUAUUCCAGGCACUUCAUGAAUGAGGAAACAGGUCCACAGAGGUGCGGUGACAUGCCCAAGUGACACAACCAUAAAUAGUACCAAUUCAGACAGAUCCCGGAUUUUCUUCCUCCAGACUCACUGAGACUGGCUCAAUAUCGACUUCUGAGAAAUGUAUUCCUGGAGGUUGGGGAUGAAAUGAAGAAUGUGUUUAGACUCCAACACUGGGUGACUAGAUCUUCAUUCUUUUCCCCUCUCUUUUCCCAUUUACAGGUCUCCCUUCAACCACAAAAGUCACCCUGGAACUCAUCCCACAGUUAGAAUUUUGUUUGGAACCCUCUUGCUUAGUUGAAGGAGUUGUUUUUUUGUUGUUGUUGUUGUUGUUUUUGUUUGUUUGUUUUCCCUGUGAACAGGUUUUCGGGGAUAUAUAAACUCUAGGAUGUUUAGUUUCUGAUGUCAGGAGUCUUCAUGUUCUCAAGGACAAGUGUCCUUGAGAUGGACAUUAAUGGUCAUUAGUCUGUCAGAGGAAGCCCAUCACCUUAGCCUUUGAAUGUAGAAACAGGCAGGCAUUUAUCUAAUAAAUGAAUUGAAGACUAAAUUACCUCUUUGAGGCCUUUGCAAACAGUGUUUAACCAGUUUACAUAAUUGUUUGAAUACAACAAGCUUUCUAUGUGAUUAUGGCUGAUUUUUUUUUCCUUAAAAAACUCAUAGAAUGUUCAUUGUUUUAUAGUUUUAAAAAGUUUACUUUGGCGGUCUUUACAAACCUACACAUUUCACUUUUUCACCAAUUCUUUUCUCCUAACUCUCUUCCUUUGUUGGAGCUCUGAAGGCCUAACUAUGUACACUUUACCUGCCUGACAGAAUUCUCCAAAACAUGCAUAAAAGUAAAAUAUGGUCGUAUUUUCAAAUAAUUUGGAAGAGUCGGUUCAGUGCCAUCAAGUGUGAAAUCUAUUUUGAUAUACUUUCUCCCCGUGUCUUCCCAGGGCUGCAUUUUGUGAUGAAACAUGUUUAGUUCUUAACUUGCAAGGUCAUCUAAAACUUAAAGUUUCAUAAAGUGUGGUUUCAUAUGACUUGGAAUGAUCUGAAAAACUAUUCAGUGGUUACGAAAGAGCACAGCACAUAAAAACCAAAUUUGAUUAGUUCAAGUCAGUGUUUAUGUUUUGCUUUGGGGGUUUGUGUAUAUGUGUGUAGUUUUUAUUUAUAUUGGAAUUUGGUAAACUAAAUGUUCAGACAAAUAAAAGUACUUGAAAUGGAAA